AUGAAGUUCAUCGCCACUAUCAGCAGCCUCGUUGCGCUGACGGCCGCAGCCCCAGAUCCACUUAUUACUCCACGGGCUGAAGUCGCGGCGCGCCAGGACACCAACCCUGCUGCGCUGGGGUAUGUGAGCGCGUCGACGUUCUCCGACCUCCGUUCCUGCGACUACCCCGCAACCCUUUCCCGCAGCGGCUCCCUCGCACAAUGCUGUCAAAGCAGCUCCUGCAUCUUCUGGUCCUCAUGUUCAGCGGGGACACUAUUCGCCAGUCAAACCUCGCUGUUCUGCGAUCAGGGGUAUUGUAAUACCGCUGUGCUCGUUCCUACUGUUGGUGCGAGCAGUGGGCAGAAUUACCUUGGGUGUUGGGCGACGAGCCUUGGGCAGAGCCCGUUUACCAUUGUUGCUGAUGUUGGGAGCGCUGCGGUAGGCGUCGCUACGGGUUCGGUGACUGGAAGUAGCAGUGCGAGGGCUACUGGGGCGUCUUCUGGAGGUCGUUCAAAUGCGGCUACAUCUGCAACUGGGAGCGCGACGCCUGCAUCGUCGUCUGUUGCUGUACAAUCAUCUGGAGCCGCUGAACAUGCUGUCGUCCAGCCAUUGACCGGCUUGUUUGGUCUGGUCGCAAUGGUGUUCGGCACGGCCGGCUCCCCGACAAUCUCGCACUUCGGCCCUUGGGGCGUGCUGUAA